AUGGCAUCCGCACUCUUCUUUCUAGAUCUCAAGGGCAAGACCCUUCUUGCCCGCAACUAUCGCGGUGACAUUCCCAUGUCAGCAGUCGAAAAGUUCCCCGUACUCCUUUCAGAAGCUGAGGAAGACUCCUCUGCCGUUCCACCAUGCUUCUCCCACGAAGGCAUCAACUACCUCUACAUCCGCCACAACAACCUCUACCUCCUCGCCCUUACGAAACGAAACACGAAUGCCGCCGAAAUCCUCCUAUUCCUUCACAAGAUCGUCGAGGUCUUUACCGAGUACUUUAAAGCUUUAGAAGAAGAAUCCAUCCGAGACAACUUUGUCAUCAUCUACGAACUUCUCGACGAAAUGAUGGACUUUGGUUAUCCUCAAACAACAGAGUCCAAGAUCCUUCAGGAGUACAUCACCCAGGAAUCUCACAAGCUCGAGAUCCAAGCACGGCCACCAAUUGCCGUCACAAACGCCGUGUCGUGGCGAUCAGAGGGUAUCCGCUACCGCAAGAACGAAGUAUUCCUCGACGUUGUCGAGUCUCUCAACCUUUUGGUGUCUGCAAACGGCAACGUCCUUCGAUCAGAAAUUCUUGGCGCCAUCAAGAUGAAGUGUUAUCUCAGCGGUAUGCCCGAGCUGCGUCUAGGAUUGAAUGACAAGGUCAUGUUUGAGACAACCGGUCGAGCCACCCGCGGUAAAGCUAUCGAGAUGGAAGACGUCAAGUUCCACCAAUGUGUACGACUAUCACGAUUCGAAAACGACCGAACCAUCUCCUUUAUCCCCCCUGACGGCGAAUUCGAGCUCAUGUCCUACCGUCUCAACACCCAAGUCAAGCCCCUGAUUUGGGUUGAAUGCGUUGUCGAAUCCCAUUCAGGCUCCCGAAUCGAAUACAUGCUCAAGGCUCGAGCACAGUUCAAGCGCCGCAGUACCGCCAACAAUGUUGAAAUCGUGGUUCCCGUUCCAGAUGACGCCGACAGCCCUCGCUUCCGAACAAACAUCGGAUCUGUCCAUUACGCCCCUGAGCAAAGUGCUAUUGUCUGGAAGAUUAAACAAUUUGGUGGUGGUAAGGAAUUCCUCAUGCGUGCGGAGCUGGGCCUGCCAAGCGUGAGAGGAGAUGACGAACAAGGUGGUGGUAUGAUGGGUGGUUUCGGUGGUAGCAUGGGAGGAGUCGGGGGAGUGGGUAAGGGUGCCAAGCGACCUAUCCAGGUCAAGUUUGAGAUCCCUUACUUUACCACAAGUGGUAUUCAGGUUCGGUAUCUAAAGAUUACCGAGCCAAAGUUGCAAUAUCCUUCGCUUCCUUGGGUUCGAUACAUUACCCAAUCUGGCGAUAUCGCUGUACGGCUUCCCGACGCAGUCUGA